GGGGGCGUGCGCCCCCGGCCCUCGGCGACCCCAGCCCCAUGGCCGGUCCGGCCCCGCCCGCCGCCGAAGAGCUGCCCGGCCCGGCCCGGCGCCUCUACUCCAGGAUGGAGGCCUCGUGCCUGGAGCUCGCCCUGGAGGGGGAGCGUCUCUGCAAGGCGGGGGACUUCAAGGCAGGCGCGGCGUUCUUUGAGGCGGCGGUGCAGGUGGGCACGGAGGACCUGAAGACGCUGAGUGCCAUCUACAGCCAGCUGGGCAACGCCUACUUCUACCUGAAGGAGUACUCCCGGGCCCUGGAGUACCACCGGCACGACCUGCUGCUGGCACGGACCAUCGGGGACCGCAUGGGGGAGGCCAAGGCCAGUGGGAACCUGGGCAACACACUGAAGGUCCUGGGCCGCUUUGACGAGGCCGUCGUCUGCUGCCAGAGGCACCUGGACAUCGCCCAAGAGCAGGGGGACAAGGUUGGGGAGGCGAGGGCGCUGUACAACAUCGGCAACGUGUACCAUGCCAAGGGCAAGCAGCUGUCCUGGACCGCCGCGCAGGACCCCGGGCACCUGCCGCCGGACGUCCGGGAGCCGCUGCGCAGAGCCUCCGAGUUCUAUGAGAGGAAUCUGUCCCUGGUGAAGGAGCUUGGCGACCGGGCGGCCCAGGGCAGGGCCUAUGGCAACCUAGGCAACACCCACUACCUGCUGGGGAGCUUCAUGGAGGCCACGGCCUUCCACAAGGAGCGCCUGGCCAUUGCUAAGGAAUUUGGAGACAAGGCGGCCGAGAGGAGGGCCUACAGCAACCUGGGGAACGCCCACAUCUUCCUGGGGCGCUUUGACGUGGCUGCUGAGUACUACAAGAAGACGCUGCAGCUCUCGAGGCAGCUCAAGGACCAGGCAGUGGAGGCGCAGGCCUGCUACAGCCUGGGCAACACCUACACGCUGCUGCAGGACUACGAGCGCGCAGCCGAGUACCACCUCCGGCACCUGCUCAUCGCCCAGGAGCUGGCCGACAGAGUGGGCGAGGGCCGGGCGUGCUGGAGUUUGGGGAAUGCCUACGUGUCCAUGGGGAGCCCCGCACAGGCCUUGACUUUUGCCAAGAAACACCUGGAGAUCUCCCAGGAGGUUGGGGACCGCAGCGGGGAGCUCACAGCCCGCAUGAACGUGGCACAGCUCCAGCUGCUGCUGGGCCGGAUGCCCAGUCCCGCGGCCACCGAGAAGCCAGACCUGGCUGGUUACGAGGCCCAAGGUGCCAGGCCCAAGAGGACACAGAGGCUGAGUGCAGAGACCUGGGGCCUGCUGAGGCUCCCCCUGGAGCGGGAGCAGAAUGGAGACAGCCACCAGGUGGGGGAGUGGCGGGGGCCAGGCAGGGACGUGCUCCCUCUCCCCAUGAGGAGCAGGAAAUACCAGGAGGGGCUGGAGGCUGCCGAGAGGCCCCGAGAGGGAGGCCACUCCCCGCUGGACAGCGCAGACGUCCGGGUGCAGGUCCCCCGCACGAGCAUCCCUCGGGCCCCAUCCUCCGACGAAGAGUGCUUCUUUGAUCUCCUGAGCAAGUUCCAGAGCAGCCGUAUGGACGACCAGCGCUGUCCCCUGGAGGAGGGUCAGCCUGGGGCCUCCGAGGCCACAGCUGCCCCCACCCCGGAGGAGAGGGUUGCCCAGCCCUCGCUGACGGCCUCCCCGCAGACCGAGGAACUCCUGGACCUCAUCGCCAGCUCCCAGAGCCGCCGGCUGGACGACCAACGGGCCAGCGUGGGCAGCCUGCCCGGGCUGCGCGUCACCCACAGCAACCUGGGCCGUCUGCGCGGUGAUGGGGACCCACAGGAGCCGGGGGACGACUUUUUCAACAUGCUUGUCAAGUGCCAGUCCUCCAGGAUCGAUGACCAGCGCUGCCCGCCUCCUGACGUGCUGCCCCGCGGCCCCACCAUGCCUGACGAGGACUUCUUCAGCCUCAUCCAGAGGGUGCAGGCCAAGCGGAUGGACGAGCAGCGGGUGGACCUUGCCGGGAGCCGAGCAGGAGGGGGGUGGGAGCCCCGAGCCCCGGCAGCAGUGUCAACCCGGGGCCAGCUAAGACCCUGCAGCCACGGCCAGGCUGGCCCCAGCCCAGCUCUGGGCCUUGGGGCCAGGGGGCUCACUAUCACCUGUGAUGCCCACAGCCCCUCGAGAAGCCCAUUCCUCCAGAGGCCAUGGCUGAGGGCAGGCUCUGCGCCCACUGUGGCCGAUGCUGGGCACACGGCCCCCACAGCAUCCCUCUCUUGGAGGGGUAGGCUCGGGCCAGGGCUGCCCUGGGUGGGUGGCGCCUGCCUCUGUCCUGGACUGGCUCCCAUGUGGGACAUGCCCGACCUGCCUGGCCUGGCCUUCUCCCCGCCCCCACCCUGCCCCAGGUCUGGCCUGUAGCUUGCUGGUCCCUAACCCUCCCUGGCCUCUCCCUGCUCUGCCCAGCUCUAUCCCUCCGGCCCGCCCGGCAAAUGUGAAGAUUCCGUGGCUGCCCCUAAGCCCCCAAAGGCUGCUCUGAAGCCGCUGCCACGGGGCCUGCCAGCAACAUGGACGCUUCGGUCCUCCCGGGGAGGGUCCCAGGGAUGACAGAGCAGACAUGCUUGGCCCAGUCCCAGCCCCUUGCCUGCCAGCCCACCUGCUUGCCUCCUCUGGGCUGGAGGAGGUGGAAGGCCGGCUCGGAAAGCCUGGAGCCCCGACGGGAUGGUGCAGGUGGGCAGGUGUCCCCACACACUGUCGCCAGGCCCUGGCCCCCAGUCCAGAGCAGGCAGGGGCCUUGAGGGAGGUGAGGGGAAGAGUAGGGAUAAGCUGUGACACCCUAAGCCCUAAGCCCCGAAAGCCCAGGGACAGAGCAGGCCCGGCUGGAAUGCCAGCCGGCAGCGAGAGCUGCUCCCUCACCCCACCAGGGCCGGGGCGGCUGGCAGAAGCCAGGGGGGUUCAGCUUGGCUCAACCCUGUGCCUCCAAGUGAGCACCCAGCCCUCAGCUGGGAAGAUGACAUCACUGCCUCCUCCUGUGGGGAAGGUCCGCCCGCACACACCAUCAGCCCACGGGAUUGGGCAGGAGACAGGCCCUCUGGGGGGCUGCAGCCCUGGCCUGCCACCAGCCCUCUGGCAAGCCCCUGGCCCCGCACCUCAACCCUGUGGCCCCUAGGGUGUGGGGGCUACCUUCUCCCCAGGAGGUGCCUCAGCCGGGCUCCUUGGUCUUUCUCUGAGGCUCUCCAAGCGUGGGGAAGCAGCCAACCCCCCCCCCCCACAGUACAGCCUGGGGGCCCCGGGCCCACAGCGACCAUGCUCUGAAGGGUGUGGGGUCCGACGCCAGAACACGGGCUUCUCCCGGGCCGCCCCACAUACUUGAAUGUACGUGCAUAUUUAUUGCUCACGCGUUGUCUGCCAUGCUGUCAGUGGGUCCUUUCCAACCCAAGAGGUACAUUUUUGUUUGUUUUUCCCAAAAAAAUAAAGUCUGCCAAGUGAA